UCCGUACCUGAUUAGAGCGAGCGGUUUCAUCCUUCCGGUCAGAGCCUUUGGGCCCCAUUUUCGGUGGCCCGAUGUGCACGCCAUGGAGAUCUGGGGCUCGGCAAGUUCCCACAUAGGUGGCUGCGAAGGCGUCUCACAUGCGGCGAAGGGGCAACCACGGACCAGGCAGCCUCUUCACCCUUUCGGCCAGCGUGGUUUCACGAGGGGUUUCUCACUGCUUGGGUUCAUUCAUGGUGCGCGAUUCAGUCAGAGACGAGUACGACAAAAGGCCCUACCAGUCGAAGAAAUCCUGGAGGAUGUGAAACAGGCCUUGCGAGAACCGCCGCAUGCAGCUGUGAUUGUGGCCCCGCCUGGAGCUGGAAAGACCACAGCAGUGCCACUGGCCCUUCUGGAGGAUCUCUCAGGAGGCAUGGUGGUGACCGAGCCGCGACGGAUGGCGGCUCGCGCCGCCGCUCGUCGCAUGGCCACCUUGCUGGGAGAAUCCGUUGGGGAGACAGUUGGGUAUCGAACACGCUACGAGAAAUGCGUCUCCUCCAGGACGCGCAUCGAGGUGGUCACAGACGGCAUCCUCGCGCGGCGCCUGCAGGCCGACGGUGCUUUGCCCAAGACCUCCGCUGUGCUUUUCGAUGAGUUCCACGAGCGAAGCCUGGGAAAUGAUAUUGCCUUCACUUUGAUCCUUCAUGCACAAGAAGCCAGGCGUCACAAAGGGCUGCCGGACUUGCGGCUUGUGGCAAUGAGUGCCACUUUGAGCGAUCGCCUAGCCAGCAGGCUCUCGGGGCUGCUGGGCGGCGCACGGGUGGUGCGCUCGGAGGGCCGUGAGUACCAUGUCCAGCUCCGGCACGCCUCCGACAGCCGCAGCCUCCUGCGUGCGACCAAGGGCUUCGAGACUAAGGCUGAGCUGGCCAAGAAGGUCUGCGUGGCCGCCACUGAGGCACUUCAGUGGAGAGCUUCUUCGAAUGAAGAACCAGGAGACGUUCUGUGCUUCCUUCCGGGCGAGCCUGAGAUUCGGCGCUGCCAGAAGCUUUUGGAGGAGCAGUUCAGCCGUUUGUCCCGCAAGGUCGCAAAGCCUCGACCGACACGGGGCUUUGGUGAGGCCCCAGCCUCCGCUGCCGCGUCUCAACCGAUUGAUGUGUUGCCGUUGCAUGGAUCCUUAGAUGCAGAGGCUCAGGAUCUGGCGGUGCAGCCGGGUGAGCCCGGAAGGCGCCGUGUGAUUCUGGCCACGAACGUCGCCGAGGCCUCCAUCACGGUGUCAGGAGUGACCUCUGUGGUGGACAGCGGCUUGCGGAAGAGGUCCAUUUUCAACUCUACGACUGGCUUUAACAGAUUGGAGUUGGCUGCCGUCUCAGCUGCUUCGGCGGACCAGCGGCGAGGGCGUGCAGGCCGCGUGAGAGAUGGCCUGUGUCUUCGUUUGUGGGCCAAAGGCCAAAAGUUGGUGCCGGAGGAUGUUCCUGCCAUCGGGGAAGAGGACCUGACCGGUGCCAUUUUGCAGCUGCUGAGCACUGGCGUGCCGUUGCAAGGGAUCUCCGAGUUACCGUGGCUGGACUGCCCGCCCAAAGCUUCCGUCAACCAUGCGGAAGAGGUAUUGACUUUGCUGGGCGCUCUGGAGGGGCAGGAACUCACCGCUCAUGGCCGACAAAUGGCGAGGCUUCCGUUGCAUCCUCGUUUGGCGCAUUUGGUGCUUUGUGCAGAGACCAAGGAAGCUGGCUCGGGGCCGUCGAUUGCAUCUCUUUGUGCUUUACUGGAGGAAGAGCGUGAUGUUCUGCAGGAUGCUCAACGUCGAGUUGGCGCUUGUGCAGACGUAGCUACAAGGCUGCUUGUUCUGAAUGGAGAAGAGAUACCAAAACGCUACAAAGAUAUCUCCGAGUCGCGCAAGCCCUGUGCUCGAGUCUGGCAGAACGCCCAGCGUUUGGUGACGGACCUGCCAUCGGCUGCUCUCCCGUUGAAGAGUUGUGGCCCGCUGGUGGCCUUGGCCUACCCGGAACGUGUGGCCAGGCGUGGCAAAAACGGCCGCUUCGUCUUGCGAGAUGGAUCUCGCUGUUCUGUCAAAGAUCCGCUUCUACAAGAGCAGGAGUUCCUCGCUGUGGCUCGAGUCUUCAAGCAUGUUGUCACAAUGGCAGCACCACUGUCCACGGCAGAGGCAGUUCACCUCUUGGGAGACGGCUGAGGCUGCGGAACUGGCCACGGAACUGGACUCGUCAAGCUGUGGGGACCAAAAAGUGAGCCGUGGGACAUCGUGGGACGCGUUCUGGGUGGUUCGUAGCGUCCUUGCUCCUAGCAAUGCCAGGAGCCCCUAGUAGC